CCCCCCCCCCCCCCAGCACCCAAUCAACGCGCCCGUGUGUUGGUAUGAGAAUGUUGUUUUAGAAUCCAAUAAUUCGGUCCUCUGUCCGGCCUCUUCCGCCUUUCCCUUAACCGAAUACACGUCCGGCCCCCUAUGCCCCGGGCUUUAGAAGAAGUCCAGCUGUGCUCGACGACCCGGCUGCUGAAGAAUUGAACUGUGCUUGUUUGUCUGUCUGGAACAGCGUCUCUGCCGUGGUGAUAGAAGAAAGUCCUCGAUAUAUACGCGCCCCUACUACCCCCCCUUCCCCUUCUCCUUCUCGACAUGGAUUCCUUGGACCUGCAAUGCGAGCAUCUAGUCUCGCCCGACUAUAAGAACUUCGUUCUUUCGAUCCUCAUUGUGUUUGGGAUCCUCCUUUCGUACCUCCCCCAGCAUGUCCGCAUCACAAGGAUGAAGAGUUCCUUCGGGAUCUCACCGUACUUCGUCCUGCUGGGGACAACGUCCGGCUCGUCCGCUCUGGCGAAUGUAAUCUCGCAACAACAAAGUCUCCAGGAUAUGGCAUGUUGCAAGCAUGUCGACGGCACAAGCUGUUUUGCCGGCGUGCUAGGGAUACUUCAAGUCGGAACACAAUGCCUCUGUUUCUUCAUAAUCCUUUUCCUCUUCGUGCUAUUCUUCCCCCGAAACACCUCCCAUCUCCCCAAGAACAGCCCGACAUAUCGAAGCGCCCUGAUCGUGGCCGGUAUCUGCAUCAUCCACGCGCUGGUCAUGCUGAUCACCACCCUCGCGGUCGGCUACACACGCGCAUCGUCCCUCCAAGCAUGGUCCAACUUCUGUGGCGUCCUGGCCGCCAUCCUCGCUUCGAUCCAAUACUUCCCCCAGAUCUACACCACCCUCCGACUGCGCUGCGUGGGAAGCCUAAGUAUCCCGAUGAUGUGCAUCCAGACGCCCGGCAGUCUCGUGUGGGCCGGCAGCCUAGCAGCCAGAAUGGGUCUCGAGGGCUGGAGCACCUGGGGCGUCUUGAUCGUGACUGCAUUUCUACAAGGCACGCUCCUUGCCCUGGGCAUCUUCUUUGAGUUCGUGGGCCCCACCAGAGGCCACAGCCAUGAUGAACACGACAAGGACGCAAUCCCAGCCCCCCCUGCUGCUGAAGACAAUGUCCGACAGGAGGAGUUUGAUCAGGAUCAACCCUCCGAAGAAACCCCGCUGCUCCGCGACCAGUGAUGCCGCGACACUCGGGUUCCUGCCAUUUUGAUAUUGCUAGAUCGUCCCGACCCCCGUGCGGGUCGGACCGAUAAGAGAUGAAUUGCAUGCAUUGCCUCUGCCUGCCUAAAAAGAAACCAUCCUGCUGCGAUUGUCCCUGUUCUCAGCGCCAUGUAUAUCUAGAUCAUAUAUGGAGUAAGUACUAGCUGGCUAAACGGUGUAUAGAGCGUAUCAAG